UCGCACUCUUCGCGAGUUUUCUCUCUCUACUUUUACAUCUACAGUCCCGUGAAUCUUGGUCUAGGUUUUAAGGUGUAUCUGGCUGGGGCGCCGGACUCAACAACGGUGGAUCUGAUACAAGAGAUAAAGCAAGAUGAGCGCGCCAUUGCCGGAGUCUGAGGAGGCAUAACUCUCCUUAUCCGUGGCGGUUGACCGGUGGUCCCUUUUCUUUCUCCAGUGGUAUUACAGUACAAAAUUCUAUCACCGGCCGUCAAAUCCUUGUUCGGAAAUCAAUCGAACCCCUUUUUGUUUCUUUCAACAUCGUUUAUUCCAAUUCACUAUUUUUGCAGAUACAAAUUCAGCAUCCAAUUCUAUUUUGGAAAACCAAUUCACGGAGAAAAAAUUGGGUACCAUGCACCCCUGCAUAUCCAGUAUUGCCAAAUGGCAUUCGCGUCUAAGGAAUUUUAGUUCGGCUAAUUGCAAAGUCACAUCUCUCAUUCUACACGAAAGCAGUAACGGAUCGAACUUAAGUAGCAGUCAUAUGGAUAGAACAAUGUCGAAUAUGUACGCUACUUCAUGUGAAAAAUCUCCAGCGGACACCCAUAAAGACAAUCCUGUUUCUGAUAUGCUAUUCGAUUCAUUCGGUAGGCAACAUACUUAUUUGAGGAUUUCACUGUCUGAACGCUGUAAUUUGCGAUGUCAGUACUGUAUGCCCGCUGAAGGUGUAGAGCUUACUCCCACUCCUCAACUUCUGUCACCGAACGAGAUUGUUCGACUGGCAAAUCUAUUUGUCAGUUCUGGGGUUAGUAAAAUCCGUCUAACUGGUGGUGAGCCAACUAUAAGGAAAGAUAUCGAAGAAAUUUGCUUACAGCUGUCGAGUUUGAGUGGCUUAAAGACACUUGCGAUGACUACUAACGGAAUCACCCUUGCGAAUAAACUUCCGAGGCUAAAAGAAUGCGGACUUAGUUUGUUGAAUAUAAGUUUAGACACGUUGGUUCCUGCAAAGUUUGAGUUUAUGAGCAGGCGAAAAGGGCACGACAGAGUGAUGAAAGCCAUUGAUGCUGCUAUAGAGCUGGGUUAUAAUCCCGUCAAAGUAAAUUGUGUUGUAAUGCGCGGAUUCAAUGAUGAUGAAAUAUACGAUUUUGUUGAGUUGACACGUGAGAAGCCGAUCAAUAUACGGUUUAUUGAGUUCAUGCCUUUUGAUGGAAAUGUCUGGAAAGUAAAGAAACUCGUACCUUACUCUGAAAUGAUGGAUAUUGUGGUUAAACAAUUUACAGGACUUGAAAGGAUUAAGGAUGAUCCCACAGAGACAGCUAAAAAUUUUAGGAUCGAUGGGCAUCGCGGUACAGUUUCUUUCAUUACAUCGAUGACAGAGCAUUUUUGUGCAGGUUGUAAUAGAUUGAGACUUCUUGCUGACGGGAACUUUAAGGUUUGCCUUUUCGGUCCUUCAGAGGUUAGCUUGAGGGACCCGCUGCGCAGUGGUGCUGAUGAUAACGAGCUUAGGGAGAUUAUUGGAGCAGCGGUCAAAAGAAAGAAGGCGUCUCAUGCUGGGAUGUUCGACAUUGCAAAGACUCCAAACAGACCAAUGAUUCAUAUCGGUGGCUAGGGAUAUACGGAGCAAGUUUAAUUUUAGCGUACGCUUUGGUUCUUUAGUUUUGGUUGACCGUCGCAUCACACACACCGAAUAAAGAGAAAAGGGCAAGUGCUGAAGAAAUAGAGACAUUUGAUACAAAAGCCAUUUUAUUUUUUUUUUCCAUUUAUUCUCAAGGUUGUCUAUUAUCACAUUAAUGUAUUUUGCAUGGUUACAAUUUUAAUUUUCUCAUAUAUUAUUUUCAUUGUAAUGUUUAUGUAACUGUAACUUGUUAUGAUCACUUAUUCCAAAGGCCAAACAGUUUUUCAAUA